CACAAAUUUAGUUUUAGUUCCAGUGAAGUUUCCUGUCCUUUAGGUUUAUUCUUAUCAGAAACAAAUUCAACUAACCAAAUUAGCUGUUGCCUAUCAUUUUGGUAUUGCCUAGGUGACUGGGUAUAUAAUGGAAAUAAACUGAAAAAGAAGAAAAAAAUGCAUUCUUCUUAUAAAUGAGUGUAGCUGCAAAUGUUAGACAUACUCCGCCAAGUACAGUAGUGUGCAUAUCUUUGAAACAUAUUGGAAAAUAUGCAGAGUAGCUGUUGAUGUUGAUCUCCAGCAUGUAUGCAGAGUAGUUGUUUACUGAAUUUUAGGAGUAAACUGACUGAAGAAAAUUUUAGAAUGACUGAAUUUUCAGCCAAGUUUGUUUCUGAACAGUACUGACAUGGAGCGGUGUAGUGGCCAUGUAUAGUAGUGUAGUGGCCCUGCAGUGACCAAAAUUUUCAGAUUAUUCUGAUUAAUUCAAAUUAAUCCAAAUAAAUUCCAACAAGGAGUUUAUAUACAAGGAUUAGACAAGGCAUACAACAUGCAUUUGUGUAACCAACAUGCAUGCAUUUGAAUUUGAAUGAUUCAAAUAUCUGAAUUUAUAUGUACUCCACUUUAUACCCAAGCUUUCAUUAAGUAAUUUAUGUUUGUUUAUUUUUGUUUUUUCUCUGCAGGAAAUACUUUGGCAUGGAGUACAUUGUGGCUCUGAAAUCAUUUCUGAAGCAGUGAGAUCUGAAGUUUAUGCUAGAAUUGAAGUGUUUGUUUCCUAACUAUAUGUAGCAGUACUCUGAUGGAGUACCUUCUUCAGAGUGCAAAUAGCACCAGCAGCAGCAGUCACGGCGGGAGUCAACAGCAACACGGCACGGAUCAGCAACAGAAGCACAGGCAGAGGAGCAGUAGCAUCAACACGGGAAGAGGAGCAGCAGCAGCACGGGUUAGCUCCACCGGCGGCAGGGGAGAAACAGAGGAGAAACAAGAUGCAGCAGCAUGGGCUAGCACCACCCGCGGGCACGCAGGCAGAGAAGGAGCACCACGGCAACGCGUGGGAGCUCGACGAGGACUCGCGGGAGACCACGGAGGACGCGCGCGAGCUCCUGUCCACCAGAUCGUGGAGGCCGGCUCUGGCAAUGCCCGUAGGUGGAUCACGGCGGGAGGGAUCGCGGUGGCGCACGGGACGCAGCUCAAGGUGGAAUCGCAGGAGCACGAGGAGGACUCGCGGGAGCUCGAGGACGAUGAGAGGGAGCUCCUGCUCCACCGGAUCGUGGUUGAAAUUCCAGCAACGCCCGCAGGUAAUCCCCGCGGGAUGGGAUCGCGGCGGCGCAGGUCUGGGCGGCGGUGGCGGAGUAAGUACUUGGCGACGGCGGCGGCGUUGAAGGUACAUGGCGACGGAGGCGGAACACUUCCUGGUGGGCGGCAAAUCGCGCAGCUUGGUGGCGCCGACCCCACUACCAGAAUUUAG